AGGAAGUGAAAUACUUCAGAGGAAGUUUGCCACGCUGUGUGUGUUUACAAACUACAGGAGGAGAGGAGCGAAGAAAGAAGCAGAGGAGGGCAGGAGAGAGAGAGAGAGAGAGUACUACAAGGAGGAAGGAAAGUUGGGGGCAGGGAGGAGGUGAGAAAGGAGGCAGGCAAUAUGGGGGUGUUUGGCAAGUGUCUCCGCGUGACAGGAGAAUCCUUGAGCACGUUUCUCUUCUUGACAUCAGUUGCGCUCCUGACCUUUGGAAUUUUCCUGUACAUCAAGUGGGAGUCCGAUGAGACAACGUCGUCGCAUCCCAUCCCAGGAUACAUCUACCUGAUCAUGAGCGUGGGAGGAUCUGCUUCGCUAGGCAAUCUGGUCGGGUACAUGGGAGCAUGUUCUAGGAGCUCGCUGGUGCUCUCCUGCUCCGUCUGGUUUCUAUUCGUCGUCGUCCUCUGCGAACUCUCUCUGUCUCUGGUCCUCCUUCUCAACCCGAGCUUGAUCGAUACAGUUGUCUGCCCGGAAGGAGACGAAGCAUGCAUCAACAAGCUCGACAACAUGUUCAAAGAUCCUUCCUCCCAUGCUGGCAUCGUCGUCGCCUGUGUCUGCGGUUGUCAGCUCUUCGCACUCAUCAUCCUCGGGUUACUGCAGCGCGACAUCCGAAGAAGCAACCAGGAGUCGGACGCAGACGCUCUGGCAUGGGAGCGAGGAGGCAUGAGGAGGACAUUGCUGGAGGAGUACAACUGGGAGCAGAGACGCGCAGAGUUCGAAGAGCGCAGCCGCAAGCGAGCUCAGAGGGCGCUCGAGAGUCGCUCCGUCCUCUCCGACGUGGCAAGGCAGGCGCUCUCAGCGCAUCGAGCUCAGCCGUCGGAGAGCUGGGACAGCCCGUAGGAUGCGAGCGACUUGUACAAGUAGGAAGAAACAUACAGCUCUAUGAUGA